AUGUCCUCUUCAUCGCUAGCCCCGUCUCCGAACUCGUUAGACAUCUUAGACUCGCAAAUAGACCCAAAAUAUAGAGAUGCAUAUUCCAUUAAGUUACACCAGUAUCAUUUGGAGAAUCCCAAUUGUUGGGAGUUCAGUAUUGUUCCUGGCAUGUUCAAACAAUCUGAUCCCGACACAGACGAAUCCAAAUUCAACUAUUUAGAUGAACAUUUUGGGAAAAUAGGUUCGUGGGAUGCGAUAGUUGAACGAUUAAAUCAGUUGAAUCUGGAAUCUUGUCAAGAUGAACAAUACAAGAUUCUAUUUCUUUUUCGUCAUUAUGCCGGGUACCACAAUUUAGCGCAUUUGAAAUAUGGAGACGAUGCAUGGAAUAACUAUUGGUCAAAAAUUAAUGGAGACGACGAGAUGACUUGGGGUCCAGAUGCUAAUUUGACAAUGGAGAGUAUCGAAACAGCGAGAAAGAAUAGUAAAUUGAUCGCGCAAGAGCUAAGUAAUAAUAAUGCUUCAAAUAAGUCAUUGAUCAUGCCAAACAGAUUGUAUGUGUCGCCAUUAUCUAGAGCCAUUGAUACUUUGUACUAUACGUGGGAUCCAAUAUUAGAUUUGAAAAAGGUCCAGCCCAAGAUUCAAGAGAAUUGGAGAGAAACUAUGGGUAUACAUACAUGUGAUAAACGAUCAACUCGCUCAAUAAUAAACCAAAGGUUUACAGGUAAAGGGUUUGAAAUUGAAUCGAGUCUAACAGAAGAGGAUGAAUUAUACCAGGAUGAUUACAGAGAAACCGUUGAUGAACAAGCCAUGCGGAUGAAUUCGGCAUUGCAAGAAUUAUUUUCUGAAUGUGGCAAGGAUGAAUCUAUCAUUGGUAUAACUAGUCAUAGUGGGAGUAUAAGAACCCAGUUGAUGGUUUUGGGUCAUAGGUCAUUUGCUGUUCAAACUGGUGGAAUGGUGCCUGUUUUUGUCAAAGCUUUGAGAAGAGGAAACAUUGAGAAAUUAUGA